AUGGCACCCCCGAAUAAUGGGAAGAAUCAGCUGAUUCUUGGCACCUUUAUCCACAGCAGGAAGCUUGAUGAACUUCAAUACCUACACAACACGGCUGUAUGCGUCGAUACCUCAGGAAAGAUCGUCGCUAUAGAGCCGGAGUGCGACCAGGCCAAAGCCGAGUCUACGCUGUUUCCCAGACUCCGCUGGAGCGCUGAGGAAGUCAUGGUCACAGUCGGGAAGGAUAGCCAGUUCUUCUUCCCCGGCUUCGUCGACACGCACCUGCAUGCUUCACAGUACCCCAAUGUAGGCAUCUUCGGCAAGUCGACGCUGCUGGACUGGCUGAACACCUACACGUUCCCCAUGGAAGCCUCUCUGUCCUCGCUUCCCAAAGCCCGGAGGGUCUACACGCGGUGCAUCAGACGGACCCUGGCGCACGGCACGACCACGGCAGCCUACUACGCGACAAUUCACGUGGAGCCCACCAACCUGCUGGCGGACCUCUGUCUCUCCAUGGGCCAGCGCGCCUUCGUCGGCCGCGUGUGCAUGGACCAGCUGGGCCCGGCCUACUACCUCGACGAGUCGCCCGAGCAGGCCAUCGCCGCGACGCGCGCGACCAUCGACCACAUCCGCGGCAUAGACGCCAACUUCGACCUCGUGAGCCCCAUCAUCACCCCGCGAUUCGCGCCGGCCUGCAGCGCGGACACGAUGCGCCAGCUCGGCGAGCUGCAGCGAGAGACAGAGCUGCCGGUGCAGACGCACGUCUCGGAGAACGCGGGCGAGAUCGCGCUGGUGAGGGAGCUGUUCCCCGACAGCACGAGCUACGCCGACGUGUACGACCGGUACGGGCUGCUGGGCGAGAAGAUGAUACUGGCCCACGCCGUGCAUCUCAGCGAGGAGGAGGCGGACCUCAUUGCGCGGCGCGGGGCCAAGGUGUCGCACUGCCCCUGUAGCAAUUCUGCCAUCACGAGCGGUGAGGCCAGGGUGCGCUGGAUGCUGGAGAAGGGCAUUGGGGUAGGUCUGGGAACCGACAUGAGUGGAGGCUACAGCCCCAGCGUGCUCGAGGCGGCGCGGCAGGCGAGCCUGGUGUCGAACCAUCUGGUGAUGCCCGGUGGGAAGCUGCACGAACUCCCCCAGGAAGAGCGCGAGAAAGCCAAGCUGAGCGUGGAGGAGGUGCUGUACCUUGCCACGCGGGGCGGUGCCGAGGUCGUGGGGCUCAGAGACAAGAUCGGCGCCUUCGAGGUGGGCAUGGAAUGGGACGCGCAGCUGAUCGGCCUGGGCAUGGUGUGCGAGGAGGCCGCCGAGGACGACAUGGAGGACGAGGGCAAUGUGGACGUGUUUGGCUGGGAGCCCUGGGACGAGCGCGUCGCCAAGUGGGUGUUCAAUGGCGAUGACCGGAAUACCAAGAAGGUGUGGGUGCGCGGCCGGCUUGUACACGAGCGCAAGGAGAACUAG